AUGCCACAAAAUCCUAUUGAAGUUCAGAUUGUUACUAUCUUUCUUGCGACACUUAUAUGCGGUGUUGGAAUAGCAGGAAAUAUAAUGGUAGUGUUGGUUGUGCUGCGAACCAAGCACAUGAUGACCCCGACCAACUGUUACCUUGUCAGUCUUGCUGUAGCAGACCUUAUUGUGCUUUUAGCUGCAGGCUUGCCAAACAUUUCGGAUGUGGUUGCUUCAUGGUUAUACGGUUACGCAGGAUGCCUUUGUAUAACAUACCUGCAAUACCUUGGCAUUAACGUGUCCUCCUGCUCGAUCACAGCGUUCACUGUUGAACGAUACAUUGCAAUAUGUCACUCCAUCAAAGCGCAAUUUAUCUGCACCGUGUCUCGGGCAAAGAAGAUUAUUGCGUGUGUAUGGAUCUUCACGUCGCUCUACUGCAUUAUGUGGUUCUUUUUAGUGGACACGGAGGAAACUGAGUACGCCAAUGGGGUAAUGGUCCGAUGCGGUUACCGUGUCUCCAGAAACCUUUACAUGCCAAUUUACUUUCUAGACUUUACGCUGUUUUACGUUGUUCCAUUGAUUGUGGCAACUGUGCUGUACGGCCUCAUUGCACGAAUUCUUUUCAUGAGCCCAUUGCCGAGUAACGUCAACGACAGAGGCGAUUCUGUGCACCAGGGGCGCAGCAACAGCACUGUCAAGGUAUCGGACAAGUCUAACAAGGGCACAGUGUCUUCAAGAAAACAGGUCACAAAGAUGCUGGCAGUGGUAGUUAUUCUUUUUGCCUUGCUAUGGAUGCCAUACCGAACUCUGGUGGUGGUAAACUCCUUCAUGGACCCACCAUACACAGACAUAUGGUUCCUGUUAUUCUGCCGGAUGUGUAUCUACACCAACAGUGCCAUCAACCCCAUCAUUUACAACCUCAUGUCUCAGAAGUUCCGCGGCGCCUUUAAAAAGCUUUGCAAGUGUCCAGGCCAGGGUCCAGAGAAGGUAAACAAGUACAAUGUGCCAGUGUAUUAUAGCGUCAUUAAGGACUCCUCCCAUGAAAGUAAUGAACCUCUCACAGAGCAGGAGGAUGCUUGUAGCUAUGGAAACACUGUAAAGAGGGUCAACUUUACAGAUAAGAGUAAUGAUACAAGUCAUAUGUUCAGUAUUGCUUGA